UCAACUUUUUCUCAGUUGCUCAUCGUAACCCCGCGUGAAGUUAAGGUCACUGGACAGAUUUUACGCCAUGCAACAAACUUAAUUUCCUUGGACCUCGACAGCAGAGUUUUGCAAUGGCUCCGUUUGGAAGGAAUUUUUUAAAAGCGCGAUUGAAAAACAGAUCAAAGGAGGCGGAAGAGUCCCCAGGCAAGGAGAUCCAGGUAUGUGUGUGCCAGGAGGAGAAGGUGGUGUGUGGAGUCACCAAACACACUACGUGUGCCGACAUGGUCCAGGCACUCCUGGACGACCACGGGAGCCUCCCGGAGAGCCGGCGGCAGCUGCACGGCGAGCCCAAGGAGUUCUGCCUGGUGGAGCGCUGGAAGGGCUUUGAGCGGGCGCUGCCGCCACUCACCCGCAUCCUGCGCCUCUGGAACGCCUGGGGCGACGAGAAGCCCUCCGUCCAGUUCGUGCUGGUCAAGACCAGCGAGUGCGCGCCGCCGGCCAAAGCCGGGAAGAGGUCGUCUAGGUCGCGCUCGGCGGCGGCCGCCGGGGGGAGGGCCCGGCGCUGGGAGCAGUGCCCUGCCCAGUACGCCAAGACCCUGCCGGCCGAGCGGCAGAAGCGGCUGGUGAAGAAGGCUUUCCGCAAGCUGGAGCGGAUCCGCCGCGAGAGCGAGUCGGCAACGUCGUCGCCAGCCACGACGCCGGUCAAGCAGGAGGGGACAGGGGAGAUUGACGGCAUGGUGCAGCUCAUCAUCUCGCAGGAUCAAACCAUCCGGCAGCAGCUGCAGCGCAUGGGCGAGCUGGACCUGCAGAUCGAGCUGGCCGAAAGGCUCUCCAGGCUGGACAGAGCGAUGGCAGGGGAGGGGGCAGUGGAGGGGGGGGCAGGUGCCUUGAGCGACUCGCCCCGCCUUAGCCUGACAGACAGCUGUGAGGGCCAAUCGCUGUGCGAGGAGCGCCUGCAGGACUACCCGCCCACCAAUGGCAGCGUGGAGCAGCUGGAGGAGCAGCUGCGCCGGCACCAGGAGCUCAUCCUGGAGCUCUCCCGGGACAUCGACGCCGAGCUCCGCAGCGGCCAGUGGCCGCCUGAGGACGAGGAGACACUGGGGGCGACAGCAGGGGCGACAGCAGGGGCGCGGCAGCGGCGCUUCUCGAUCUCGGUGGACUCGCCGGAGCUGGAGAGCAUCCGCGCCGACCUGAAGCGCAGCAUGCGGGCUGGACUCUCGCUCUACUCCCAGACACAGGAUCUGGACAGGGAGCUGCAGUAUCACGACAGCACGCUGCUCUCCAAGAGCCAGGAGUGCCAGGUCCUCGCAGCCCAGCUGAGAGAACUGCAGCUGGGGGAAGGCUCUCCGCAGCCGGGCCCCUCUCCCCUAAAGAGCCAGGGCAAGUGCAGCGUGGCGCAGCAGCAGGGACUGGGAGAGGAUAAGAUCAGGCAGGACGCCGUAGACACAGACUCAGACACAGGCAUCAGCUCUACGCACAGUCAGGACUCCCUCUCGCCCACGGUGAACCGCCGGCCACCCCUGGACACGGAUGUCUAAACGGCACAGAAAAAAAUCAGCACGUGUGAACUCAAUAACAGAGAUGCAGAUGGACAUGGAGCAAUACACUUCAUUGGUCAUAUGUCUCAACUGUUUUUAUGUCUCAACUGUAUUUUGAUGUACCGUAUGUACAGUACAUUUGUGCACUCAUACCUGAAGUAAAUGAAAGUGAAGGGGAAUAAAAAUCUCAUGAUAUAGCCUGCUGUAGUCAGACAGAGGUAUGCAGCUUAGUGUGCUACCACUGCCAAACACAGCCACUUGUCUCUAGGUCAUUGUAUUGAAUGCAGAAAUGCUGUGUAGGUUUUCUUUCUCUAGAAUGGAAAAAGCACUUGAGUGUUAGCCAAGCAGACAAAGUUGGUGAUAGGGUAAUCUUAAUGACUGGGUGCUGUUGUCCUAAGCAUUCUUUCAGUUUGUGCAGUUUCACCGCAAUCAGCGAGGUAACUGGUUUUAGGAAAGCAAAUAUUUUGCUUUCAGAUUUGUUUUAAGAGGCAACUUGGAACAACUAGAACUUGGAACAAUCAGAAACUACUGUAUAUGAGCUUAAACUGCUGAGUGCAGCUCUGUGUACUGUGUGCAUGUCCCUUCUAAAAUCAGUAGAACUCAAUUGGCAUAUCCAUAACUAUGGAAUUAAUUUAACUAUGGUGUGAGGCUUCUUGUUACAUAGGAUGUCAGAAAUUCACCAGGAUGUUCAACCUCUAUAUAUUGUGCCAUAAAAUACAAAGCAAAUGUGCAUGGCAUGUAACAGCAUCAGUGUAUGUCUUUUGUGCUAAUAUGACAACUUUUGCAUUCCUUAAACAGUUCUCUAAAAAGCUUUUGACCUGUAUUUCCCCGUCGCUAACAUAAAUUUAAUGGAAGCUCUAUUUAUAUUUAUAAAGUUAAGAAUGGAACAUUUAUGUAAGCUCUGUUUUAUGUUGCCAAAAUGCUAAUUAUUCAUUCAUAAUAUGUUUAUUCUAAAGUGUGUGCUUUGCAGAUAUUUCCCUGUUAAAAGAUAAUGGUGUAAAAUAUACAAAAGUGUUUAGAGUUAUGAAAGAAGUGUGAAGUAUACUGUUUAUGUUCUCAAAAUUGACAUUGUUUUAUAUUAAAACAUCUUCGUAUGACUACAGAUUUAGAUCAUACAUUGCACAACAAAUUAAAAUCAUGUUAUGUGUACAAUGGUUUGCUUACAAAGAUGGUGUAAAAUUCUAUUUUAAUAAUUCAUAAAUAUAUUCUUAUAUUUCUCUACAAUGAUUUUGGUGAAUACAUUUGGCAUAAACUAUAGCUGAGCUGUAUGUCAGACAUUCAAAAACCUUUGACAAGUCCUCAAUAAUAACAUACCACCCAUGUAUGAAUUUCAUUAUAUAUGUGUAACAUAGUGUAUUGGUUUCAAAUCGUAUAUUUCAAAAUGAGAAAUGCAUCAAGCGAACUGAAAGCCAGAGUCUGGCCUCCCACACUAUGCUGCAUUUCACACAGAGCAAUCAACACAUUCAUGCACAUCAUUUGUGUGGUUAAAGAAAAGGCUACUCACUGCUCCUAGGGAUCCAAGUAUGGGUGUUCAGGUAAAUUGGAUAUUGUUCUCCUAUUCAAUAUUUUGACAAUAAACGUUCCAUUACUGCA